AUGCUCCGAAGUUUCAAUCACACCUGGUUGACAUUAAUCCCAAAAGUGGACCAGGUGGAGUCCAUGCGUCAACUUCGGCCUAUCAGUUUAUGCCAGUUCAUAUAUAAGGUGAUCUCCAAGAUUAUGGCGGAACAGCUUGCUGGGAUUUUGCCUAUCAUUGUCUCGGACGGCCAAAAUGCCUUUAUCAGGGAAAGACAGAUUGUGGAUAAUAUCCUGAUUGGCCAUGAAUUAAUGCACUAUUUGAAAAUCAAAACCCGGGGUAAAAAGGGGUACAUGGCUCUGAAGGUUGAUAUGGAAAAGGCAUAUGAUAGAGUUGACUGGUCCUUUCUUUUUGCGGUUUUGGAGAAAAUAGGGUUUAAUUCGGUCUGGCGUGGGUGGAUUCUUGAAUGCUUGAUGUCAACAACGUUCUCGGUCCUCAUGAAUGGAUAUCCGGCUGGUUUCUUUGCGCCCUCUAGGGGACUCCGACAGGAGGAUCCCCUUUCUCCCCAUCUCUUUGUGCUGUGCACGGAGGGCUUUGCUGCGUUGCUUCGUAAAUCCAUCUUAGAAAAGAGGCUGGAAGGAGUGAAGGUGGCCCCGCGGACUCCCCUCAUAUCUCAUUUGUUCUUUGAUGAUGACUCUUACUUAUUUCUCCGUGGGUCCCUCCAGGAGUUUGAGAAUUUGAUAGAAGUUCUUAAUGAGUAUGAGGAGCUUAGUGGCAGAGGGUAA